GCUCUGUCCACCCUGCAGACUCCUGAACAGUAUGAAGCCAAAAACAUCAGUCUGACACCAGGAGGAAGUGUGACAAUCAAAAUGAAGAUCUGUGCAUCUGUCAAAGAGUUUGAGGUCAGUCUGGGGGAGAAAGAGGAGGACCUGGCCCUGCACUUCAAGUCACAGUUCAGUGGUCCAGGGAGCAGGACCAUUGUGCUGAACUCCAGACAUGCAGGCUGCUGGCAGUCUGAGCAGAGAUACUCUAACUUCCCCUUCCAGCAAGGCACAGACACCAAGGUGGUCAUUAACUUCAGUGCCAGUGGAUUUGAGGUGGAGCUGCCAGAUGGCCAGAAGCUCAGUUUCCCUAAUCGACAAGGAUUUAAGAAACUGACUUACAUGAGUGUUAAAGGUCACAUCCGUGUGAAAUCACUGAAAAUCCAGUGAUCUCAAUACACCUGCUAUUUUACUCAA